GACGUAUUUUCAAAGAUGACUGCGGAGGAACUGAAAGAGGAAGUUGGAGCCGCCCUGGCAUUGAUGUAUCCAAUGGAGGCCACUGUGGCAAGAAAACCAUUGGCAGUGAAGUUCAUUAGAUGGAAGGAGAAUCCGUUCUCCCUAGGAGCUUAUGCCAUGGCCCUCGUAGGGUUCAAUCAACUUCUAGAAUCGGAGCUGUGUUCCAGUCUCACUGCUGAGGACGGUAAGGGAGGCUCCGUGUACUUUGCUGGUGAUGCCUACCGACUCGACUACCUAGGCACGGUUCAGGGGGCAUAUCUGAGUGGUUCAGCGGCAGCCGAUGAAAUUGCCGAGUCAAUAAUCUCAAAGGACUCACUCAUCAGAAACUCAGGUAUAUAA